UAUGCAAUUAGUUUGGGGACGAAAUAAAGAUAAAAAUGAAAUUAACCCAAACCCUUUUCCAUUCUUGUUUUUUCAUUCCUCCUGCUGUCCACAGCGAAGGGGGUGUUGACUGCGUAGAUCUUAAUUAAGCUUCCGACCACUGGAUACACUCGUAUUCGUACUUUGUCUGAUGAUCAAUCAUGAUGAGGCUAUAUGAUGGGUGCAAGGAGAUAUUAAAGAUCCAGAAGUUCAGGAGAAUUGUAUCCUAUGCCGGUUUUUUUUGCUUCAGCGCGCUCAUAAGCUAUGCUUAUACGAGCAAUACGACUAGAGCUGGGUAUUCUAGAGCUGACCAAUUCUAUGCUUCCUACCCAGCUGGAACUGAGCUCUUAACCGACACUGCUAAGUUAUAUAAAGCUGCGCUUGGAAAUUGCUUCGAAGAGGAAGAGUGGGGACCGAUUGAAUGGAGCGUCAUGGCUAAACACUUUGAACGGCAAGGGAAAUCUCCAUAUGCAUACCAUGCAGACAAUGGAAGCUGGUUGUCGACUUGUGCCGGUUCAAAGUGUUAGAUAUGGUCUUCUAUAUUGCUUCUACGGAAUGUGCAGCUAGCACUAUCAAUGAGGCCCAAAGAUAUCAGUUUCUCUUGGGUUGAAAGACGAUUGUGGAUGUGAGCCAAAGGAUUAAAGGGCCCAUUUUCUAUUAGCUUAAGUUUUUGGGACAAUUGGUAGCUUAACACAAAGUUGGCCUAUGGAAUCUAAUACAUUCAUAGCUUACCUUCUUCACGAUAGGAAUGUCACUCUAGUUCAUAGACCAUAUUACACUUCAAGCUAUAAGCAUCAUAUCUGUCUCCCAAAUGUUGAUAUCUGUGGAUAACACAGAGAUAUUAUCAUAAACGUAGAUUCAUCUUCUGCCUGAAAAAAAGUUUGCUGUGAAAUCCCUUUGGGCAACAUUGAAUGGUUCAUUUUAAGAGGCAGUCUCUCUGUCUUUGGUUGCUGUUACCUGCCAAGCUGUGUUACUAGAAACUAAAUUAGCUCCUGCUGCCAUCAACUUCCCCGAGGAAAGCAUUGAAGAGUGGAAUCGUGCAUGGGGUGAAUAGGCCAAACCAUUACGUUUUGCCAAUGCGACCAGUUUUAGUUUAUUUGAAUCUGUUUGUUUGAUUUGUGCAAGACGUACGACUGGAUCCUCAUAUGAAUUGCCUCAAAUAUAGGACAUAAACUAUCUUAACUUCCUUUAAGAAUGAUCUUGUCGAGACAAAAAACAACUAACACGUCCAACCAAUCAAAUAUCCCGUGUUCAAAUCCAGAGUUCCUAGGCUAAACAGGGACUAACUACCCUUCCCAGUCUAACUUUUUGAGUCAUUUCUAAGCUUCUCGCUAGCUUUCACUCCAAGUGGCUCUAAUCUUCUCUGAUUUGGAUACAAUAGCAGACCACAAAGCUCCUUGCUCCAUUAUCUAAUAAACAUGAAAAACCUGGUUGAGGAAUCAUGGUUUGCAAGCUUGUGGAGACUUUGAUGGCACCUUGAGUUGCACUACCUUGCAAAUGAUGCUGAAUUCAUCCCAUUUAUCAGAAAGAAAACCUUAGCCAAAAUACAUAUAAGUUCUGCACAAUAGAAAACUAAAUUUAGAAAGUUUUUGCAAGUGCUCUUGAGCUUUGAGCAUGGUCUGUGGGAUGUUCGUUUCCUUGGUGCAUGUUUUCAUGUGCUUGAGCUGGAUUACAAUAGGGCAGAGGUUUUCUGUAGAUUUUUUAAUGGGUCCCAGCUUAAGUGCUUUUCAGGCACAUUUUGACUGGAGCUUGCUAAAUUCUACAAACACCCCUCUGCACAAGACAGAGACAUGAGUGGAUUGAUAUAGGUAAGAAAAAGUCGCGGUUAAAAAAGGUCAAUUCGGUGCAAUUUGGUUAACUUUUAUCCUAGAAUUAGUUCAAGUCCUUGUGCACAGUUACAAAUCUAUUUGUGGGUGAUUGAAUUGAGCUAAGAAUGCAUAACCUGACAUGCCAGUCUUCUAAUGUAACUCAACAACCUUAAACACAACCUAGCUA